AUGAACGCGGCGCAAGAUUGGGAGGAUGUGUCGUUGUUUACACCGUAUUUGAACGACCAAGCUCUAAUGUACGACUUUGCCGACUGCCUCGCCGUCCAGACAUUCCUCCGAAUGACGUCACUCCCAUUCAACGUUCGUCAACGUCCCAACGUCGACUUUAUCUCUCCAGACGGCGUCGUUCCGCUUCUGAAAAUCAAUAAAACCCUGAUUACGGGAUUCAACGCCAUCGUCGAUUUUGUUCAUAAGAAGGGCGUCACCUUGACGUCACAUUUGAGCGAAACGCAAGUCGCCGAUAUGAGAGCCAAUAUCUCAAUGAUUGAGCACUUGUUGACUACUGUAGAGAAAUUUGUUCUUUGGAAACACGACGAGACGUACGACAAGGUGACACGUCUGAGGUACGGUAGCGUCUAUCACUGGCCCCUUUCCACGGUUUUGCCGUUUUUGAAGCGUCGUAGCGUGUUGGAAGAGCUCGCUGAUAAGGAUUGGGAUGCAAAGACAAUGGACGAGGUCGGCGAGCAAGCGGACAAGGUGUUCCGUGCCCUCUCCGCCCAACUUGGCACUCAAAAAUACCUGACUGGAGACUUGCCAACAGAAGCCGAUGCUCUUCUAUUCGGCCACAUGUACACGCUGAUCACCGUCCGUCUUCCGCUGACAAAUAUCACGAAUAUUCUGAAAAAAUACACGAAUCUCAUUGAAUUCACCAAGAGAGUCGAGCAACAGUAUUUUAAGCAGUAG